CCGUUCAUUGUUACAUUUAUUACACACUGCAAGGUUCGGUUUUUAAAAUCUGUGUUGAAAACUUGGACUGGAUAAAAUAAAGUUAAACUUUAAAUUUUAUGAAAAUUUUUUUCAGAGAUAAAUCUAUUCGUCAAGAUGGAAUUAUACGCAAUCUUGAAACAGAGCUAGCAAAACUUUGAACGUGUGCCCGGAUGUAGAGCAAUGAGAGCCAUAGAGUUCACUGUUUUGACGACGGCGACCAUUUUGUAUCUGCUGACCGGCGGAGUGAUCUUCCACUUUCUGGAAGAUGAGAGCGAAACAGAGGCUAAACUCGCGUUACUGGAGUAUUACACCGAGUUUCUAGGUAACAACACCUGUCUGACGGCCAGAGAGCUACAGGACCUGGUCCAAAAGACCUACUCUGCCCACGAUCGUGGCAUCGUCAUCUCCAACAUCUCCGGGCAGGGGGUGGACCUGGUGGUGGAGACGUCAGAGAGCAAGUGGGACGUCGUGUCGUCCAUUUUGUUUUGUGUCAUCGUCAUAACAACCAUAGGUUACGGCAACAUGUCGCCUAGCACCUCAGAGGGACUCGUGUUUUGUAUAGUCUACGCCCUCCUGGGCAUUCCACUGUUUGGUGCCUUGUUGGUGGAGCUCAAGGUUCGCCUGGUCAAAGCUGUUCAUUAUUUCCACGACAGCAAGCCCUGGGUACAGUACAACGACAGAUGGGACAGAAGAUUCAAAUCCUUUUUCCUUCUAGUAUUAGGAGCUAGCCUUACUAUACUGCUACCGUCCAGCAUAUUCUCGGUCAGCCAGAACUGGACGUACCUGGAGUCUGUCUACUACUCUGUCAUCACCUUGACGACCGUUGGUUUUGGUGACCUCAUACCAGCCAAGCGUACGGACAUGUACGGCUUCUACAUCAGGCUAGUACUUGGCCUGUGGAUGGUUGUUGGGCUGUCUUGUGUCACUCUUGUUCUAGGGGGCGUGUCCAUCACGAUAAAGGAGAGGUUAGAAAAGAUUUUCAACAGAACUAAACAAGUGGCUCAAAUAAAACCAAGUAAAUUGAAAACAAAACUGUGGACAAAGUCAACGGACAACUUAAAGGCAGAAGUUCGAAGCUUACAGGUCUCCGAGAACAUCGUGACUCAACAUGACCGCUCUACGUGUCUAGACGACAUUUGACGUUCGUGUUAUUUUUGUUUGUUUUCGUCACUUGGAUCAAAAAACUAAUGGCUUAUUGUUAGCGGUGACCACUCAAACUGAGCUACCGGUGUGCGUUUGUUCUGGCACCUUCCGGUGACGAUACAAAAGGGUGAGGGCCGGAAAAGGUGGCUGAACGUCUACAUGUUAAUGACUAAAAAUGUUUGGAGUCUUGUGAAAACGAGAUUUCUGGAGAUACCCAGAAAUGUAUAUUCAUUAACUUUUCUA